AUGGCAGGAAAUGGAACAAAGAGACGAAGAAGAAGACUACUCCAACUAAGCAAGCUAUACACUUUAACAUGCUCCAAAGCAUGCUUCAAGCAAGACCACUCCCAAAUCGGAACGCCCGGUUUCUCUCGGGUCGUCUACUGCAACGAACCGGAUUCACCCGAAUCCGAUUCAAGAAACUACAGUGACAACUACGUGAGAACCACAAAGUACACUCUCGCCACUUUCUUACCGAAAUCACUCUUCGAGCAAUUCAGAAGAGUCGCAAACUUCUACUUUUUAGUCACUGGGGUCUUGUCUUUCACUCCUCUCGCUCCUUACACCGCUUCAAGCGCCAUUGUUCCUCUGCUUUUCGUCAUCGGCGCUACAAUGGUUAAAGAAGGCGUUGAAGACUGGCGCCGCAAAAAGCAGGAUAUUGAGGUGAAUAAUAGGAAAGUGAAAGUUCAUAGAGGAGAUGGGAGUUUUGAUUCUAAAGAAUGGAAGACUUUAAGCAUUGGAGAUAUAGUGAAGGUUGAGAAAAACGAGUUUUUUCCGGCGGAUCUUGUUCUGCUUUCUUCAAGCUACGAAGAUGCUAUUUGCUAUGUAGAGACGAUGAAUCUCGACGGUGAGACGAAUCUCAAAGUGAAACAAGGACUUGAAGUGACUUCUUCUUUAAAAGAAGAGUUUAGCUUCAAAAAGUUUGAGGCUUUUGUUAAAUGUGAGGAUCCAAAUGCUAAUUUGUAUUCAUUCGUUGGCACCAUGGAGCUUAAAGGAGCUAAAUUUCCUCUCUCGCCGCAACAGCUUCUUCUCAGAGACUCGAAGUUAAGGAACACUGAUUUCAUCUUCGGAGCGGUUAUCUUCACAGGUCAUGACACAAAGGUGAUACAGAACUCAACAGGUCCUCCUUCUAAGAGAAGCAUGAUUGAGAAGAAGAUGGACAAGAUCAUCUACUUGAUGUUCUUCAUGGUGGUUUCAAUGGCUUUUAUCGGUUCUGUGAUCUUUGGAGUCACAACAAGAGAUGAUUUUGAAGACGGUGGUGUGGUGAAGAGAUGGUAUUUGAGACCUGAUAGCUCAAGCAUCUUCUUUGACCCCAAAAGAGCUCCUGUGGCUUCGUUCUAUCACUUCCUAACCGCGGUUAUGCUGUAUAGCUACUUCAUUCCUAUAUCUUUGUAUGUGUCUAUAGAGAUUGUGAAGGUUCUUCAGAGCAUCUUCAUCAACCAGGACAUUCACAUGUACUAUGAAGAAGCUGACAAGCCUGCUCGUGCACGUACCUCUAACCUUAACGAAGAGCUUGGACAGGUGGAUACGAUUCUCUCUGACAAGACUGGGACGUUGACUUGUAACUCCAUGGAGUUUAUCAAGUGUUCUGUUGCGGGGACGGCUUAUGGACGUGGUGUUACGGAGGUGGAGAUGACUAUGGGAAGAAGGAAAGGCUCAACUUUGGUGUUUCAGGGGAAUGAGAGUGGUGGUGAUGAUUUGGAGUAUAGUAAAGAGGCGAUUGCUGAGGAAGCUACGGUGAAAGGAUUCAACUUUAGAGAUGAGAGGGUGAUGAAUGGGAACUGGGUCACUGAAGCUCAUGCUGAUGUGAUUCAGAAGUUUUUCAGGUUGUUAGCUGUGUGUCAUACAGUGAUACCUGAAGUUGAUGAAGAUAAUGGGAAGAUCUCUUAUGAGGCUGAGUCUCCUGAUGAAGCAGCGUUUGUUAUUGCAGCGAGGGAGCUUGGGUUUGAGUUUUUUAACAGAACUCAAAGUACUAUAUCUGUGAGAGAGCUUGAUCUUGUGACUGGCAAAAGAGUUGAAAGGUUGUACAAAGUCUUGAACGUUCUUGAGUUCAACAGUACGAGGAAAAGAAUGUCAGUGAUAGUGCAGGAUGAAGAUGGGAAGCUCUUAUUGCUUUGUAAAGGAGCAGAUAAUGUUAUGUUUGAGAGACUUUCAAAGAAUGGUAGAGAGUUUGAAGAGGAGACGCGUGAGCAUGUGAACGAGUAUGCUGAUGCAGGGCUGAGAACUUUGAUACUCGCGUACCGUGAGCUUGAUGAGAAUGAGUACAAACUUUUCAAUGAGAGUAUCAUCGAGGCCAAGAGUUCGGUUAGUGCUGACCGAGAAUCGUUGAUAGAGGAAGUCACAGAGAAGGUUGAGAAAGACUUGAUUCUUCUUGGAGCUACUGCUGUUGAAGAUAAACUCCAAAAUGGAGUCCCUGACUGCAUUGACAAGCUAGCUCAAGCAGGAAUAAAGAUUUGGGUUUUGACUGGUGACAAAAUGGAAACUGCUAUCAAUAUUGGCUUCUCAUGUAGUUUGCUUAGACAAGACAUGAAGCAGAUUAUAAUCAACUUGGAGACUCCUGAAAUCCUUUUACUAGAAAAAACCGGAGAAAAAGAUGCCAUUGUUAAGGCAUCAAAGGAAAGUGUGAUGUUGCAGAUAAUUAAUGGAAAAGCUCAGCUAAAGUAUUCUGGUGGAAACUCUGAUGCUUUUGCGUUAAUCAUUGAUGGAAAAUCACUUGCUUACGCAUUGGAUGAUGAUAUAAAACACAUCUUCUUAGAGCUAGCUGUUGGUUGUGCUUCUGUCAUUUGUUGCCGUUCCUCACCAAAACAGAAAGCUCUGGUGACAAGACUAGUGAAAUCUGGAAAUGGUAAAACAACAUUAGCUAUUGGUGAUGGUGCAAAUGAUGUUGGAAUGCUUCAAGAGGCAGAUAUAGGUAUCGGUAUUAGCGGCGUAGAAGGAAUGCAGGCUGUAAUGUCAAGUGACAUUGCGAUUGCUCAAUUCAGAUAUCUAGAACGUUUGUUACUAGUCCAUGGACAUUGGUGUUACAGGCGGAUAUCAACAAUGAUUUGCUACUUCUUCUACAAGAACAUUACAUUUGGUUUCACUCUCUUCUUAUAUGAAGCAUACACAACAUUCUCAUCAACACCUGCUUACAACGACUGGUUCUUAUCUCUUUACAAUGUCUUCUUCUCCUCCCUUCCGGUUAUUGCUCUUGGUGUCUUUGACCAAGAUGUAUCUGCACGGUUUUGUCUCAAGUUUCCAUUGUUAUACCAAGAAGGUGUGCAAAACGUUCUCUUCAGCUGGAAACGGAUUCUCGGCUGGAUGUUCAACGGAUUCUACAGCGCAGUGAUCAUCUUCUACCUCUGCAAAAGCUCUCUCCAGUCUCAAGCUUUCAACAAAGAAGGCAAAACCGUGGGAAGAGAAAUCUUAGGUGGGACGAUGUACACAUGUAUUGUAUGGGUUGUGAAUCUGCAGAUGGCUUUAGCUAUCAGCUACUUCACUCUGAUCCAACACAUUGUCAUUUGGGGCUCCAUCAUCGUCUGGUACUUCUUCAUGACUGUGUACGGAGAGAUUCCAACGAGGAUAUCAACCAAUGCAUAUAGAGUCUUUGUUGAAGCUCUAGCUCCUUCACUUUCUUAUUGGGUCAUCACUCUCUUUGUGGUUGUAACCACUUUGAUGCCUUACUUCAUCUACUCUGCGAUUCAGAUGAGGUUUUUCCCAAUGUACCAUGGGAUGAUACAGUGGCUAAGGUACGAAGGUCAGUGCCAUGACCCUGAGUACUGUGAUAUGGUGAGGCAGAGAUCAAUAAGGCCUACAACAGUUGGGUUCACUGCAAGAUUAGAAGCUAAGAAGAGAUCAGUGAGAAGAUCUGAGCCUGAAUCAUGA